UCUCUUCGGAAAUUUCUUUCCAUCGCUUACACAAAACUCUACGCAUUCGCAGCUCUACUCAAACUUUUAUUUGAUUGUCUUUUGUUCUCCCAACCCCAGCUCCUUAGACUCGUAUAUAUAUCGUUGUAUCAAAGUGCAAGAUUCGGACUGUGGAGUGUCAAUGUUGCGAAGCCUGAUCCCUUAGAAGGAUUCAUGUAUGCUGGUCUAUUCGUUUGUCAUUGGAUGCACCUUUCGUCUCUCAUAUUUCCCCAGUAUUUCCAGCGCGCGUUUGAACGUCGGAUGCGCAUCCGAUCCGGUCUGGUAGAUGUUUUAUAUCAACAGGCGUUGGUUCUAUCGAAUGACGAACUUGAUCGUUUUUCUGGUGAUUUGGUAAAUUUGAUGUCUGUCGACGCGACUCGACUGCAGAUAGAUAGAUAG